AUGGCAAAAGUUGAAGUAGUGUCAUCAAGCCUUGUCCCUAUGGCGUCUGUCGACGCAACUCCGGUGUCCCGUCUCGAUCUAACUCCAUGGGACUUGCAACUGCUCUUACUCGAACCAAUCCAAUAUGGGAUUCUAUUUCACAAGCCCACAUUCCCCAUCAAUUUCAUUAUCGAAUACCUCAAAGCCUCACUCUCCCGCGUGCUCGACUACUUCCCCCCACUCGCCGGCCACCUCUCCAUCGAAAAAUUCGACUGCAACAACAAAGGCGCCGGCUUCAUCCACACGGCCGCCCCCAAAGUGUCGGUGGCCCACAUAUUGGAGGCCAAGUACACGCCGGAUAUCGUCUUCUCCUUCUUUCAACUAAAUUGGACCCGCAACUUUCACGGGACCUCCGAGCCGCUAUUGGCCAUCCAGAUGAUAGAGCUCAAGGACGGCCUCUUCAUGGGUUGCGCAGCCAACCACGCCGUUAUGGAUGGCUCAUUGCUAUGGCAUUUGAUCCGCUCGUGGUCCGAAAUUGGCCGUGGCCUUGAGAAAAUAUCGGAAACGCCCUCCUUCGCGCGCGAUUUUCCCGGAUGGGAAAACCGACCCGUACCCGUCCGUGUGUUCGAUUUCGAAGCGAAGAUCGUGCGGCCACCGUUGGUCGAGAGGGUUUUCCACCUAAGCAAGGAGAGGGUGGCGAAGCUAAAGGUGAGGGCGAAUUCGGAAGGUGAUGAAUUUACGUCGUUCCAGGUGAUCGUGGCUCAUAUUUGGCGAUGCGUGGCGCGUAGCCGGAAAAAGACAGGUGGCGGAAGGGAAGAAGUUUUGGUCAUGUCGGUCGGGGCAAGAGGGAAAAUCGCGUUGCCGGAAGGGUAUUUUGGGAAUGCGAAUGAAGUUACGAAGUUUUGCAUGAGUGAGGGGGAGCUGUUGGGAGAUGGGUUGGGCCGGGCUGUGCUCGAGCUCAAGGCAUUUUUUGGCAGGAAAGGGAAGGAAGAGGCUGUGUUGGGCUUGUUGGAGGAGUGGGUGAAGAAGCCUCGAUUGCACUUGCAAGUCCAGGGGAGUUUCACGCUGGGGAUGACGAGCUUUCCAAAGUUCGAUGCGUAUGGAGGCAUGGGGAAUGUGGGGCUGGGGAAGCCGGUGGCUGUAAGGAGUGGAAAGGCCCAGAAAUGGGAUGGGAGAGUGACGAUUUUUACGGCGGCUGAAGGGGCCGGGAUUGAUGUCGAGGUCUGCCUUGAGCCCGAGCGCAGAAAUGGGAUGGGAGAGUGA